AUGUCUGCCUCAGAACCUUCCACUAUUAUCAGUCUCCCGGAAGAAACUCUAGGAUUACCCCCCGCACUUCCACCUUCUGUGUUACUUCAAGAACAACACGCUCAAAAUGAGAAUAGUCCUGCUGUUGACUAUCCCAUCCCUACUGAAAGUCUUACCUCUGUUUCUUAUGAUACAGACUUUCCCUCACUCUCAGCUGCAGCUGCCCCAAUAACAAAAUCUUCUGUAUGGGGAAAUCGCUCUGGUGCUGAUCUAAUGCGUCAGCAAUCUACAGUCAAAAAGUCAGGAAUCAUCACUGAAAUACUUGAAUUGUCUGCUUGCCAACAAUUGCAAAAGAAAGAGUUCGGUAAUAAAACUACGAUUGCCGAUACAGUCAAACGCAUCACCAAUAAGACAAACACCCAGAUCGAUAUGUCUACCGCAACAAAAAGUGGCACUACUACUUUUUUGAUUAAAGGUAAUAUUGAAGAUGUGAUGAGAGCAAAGCGAGAAUUACUGGAUAUUUUGGCUGUUAAAAGCGAAGAAACUAUCCAAAUUCCAGUUUCUGCUCGUCCUUACAUUUUAGGAGCCCGUGGACAAACAUUACAAGCAAUCACUUCUAGAACUGGAACGCGCAUUCAACUUCCACCGCGUCAAGAAAACAAUAUUGAAGAAAAUGAACUCGGCUAUGAUGAGGAUGAAGAAAUGAUGAGUGUCAAAAUCGAAGGCGAUACGAAGGGAAUUAACUUGGCCAAAGAAGAAAUUGCUACUAUUGUUAACGAAAGAGCAACAAAACGGUCCCAUCGUAUUACGCAUAUAGAACAUCAUUUCUACCCAUUGAUUUUUGGUGCACACAACCAACGUAUUCAUCAAAUUAGCAUUGAUACUGGAACAAAAAUUCAUGUUCCAUUUUAUAACGCUUCUGCAGAAGGUGGUGAUAAUCAAGACCAUUCUAAAGAUUCUAUCGUUAUUACUGGCGAACGAGAUGCGAUUAAAAAUGCGAUCGAUGCCAUUGAAGAAAUCUACACAACAUUAAAAAACACCACACGAAUUCUUAGUGUUAACAUCCCGAAGCGUCAACAUAAGUUUCUUAUUGGACAAAAAGGAUCGAAUCUCCAAGAGAUUUUAGAAACUACUGGUUGCUCUUUGGAACUACCUGCACUAUCUGAUCCAUCUGAAAACGUUACCAUUCGAGGUCCACAAAACAAACUUACUUCAGCUUUGCAAAUUGUGUUAGAUAAGGCUAAUUCUGUUCAUAUAGAAACGUUAGACAUUGCGCUUUCUCACAAAACCGAUCAACCCCUGGAACAUGCCAAAAAUAUCUUAAAAUAUCUAUGUAACAGGAGUAAAAAAAAGAUUGAAUCAGACAAUAAUGUGCAGAUAGUGAUUCCCAAAGGAACAGCAUUGGAAAAGAAUGUAAUAUUGGAAUUCGUUGGUAAAGAUCUUGGAAAUGUAGAGAAUGCAAAAAAAGAAGUAAAUGAGAUUGUUAAGAACCUU